GGUUGUGCCGACACCGCCCGGUGGGGUCGGGUGUGGAGCCGCAGGCACGCGAGGAGCGCGCGGUUCAGAUAGGGAUGCGCGCUGCCCUCGCGCGCUUCCCGCCGUCCGCCCGCCCGGCCCGGCCCGCCCCGGCCGUCUCCGCCGCGCCUCUCCGCCGCGGGCGGCUCCGGCUCCGUGCGGCGCAGGGGAUGGACGCUGCGGGCCUCACCCUGAAGCUGCUCAUGGUCGGGGACAGCGCCGUGGGGAAGUCCAGCCUCCUGCUGAGGUUCACUGACGGCGCGUUUGAGCCGUGCCUGAAACCCACCGUCGGUGUUGAUUUUAAAGUGAAGAAAAUGGUGGUAGAUGGCCAUACAGUACAGCUUGCAAUAUGGCUAUUUCGAAGAUUCGUGAAAGACACAGCAGGACAGGAGCGCUUUAGAACACUAACUCCCAGUUAUUACCGAGGAGCUCAAGGGGUUGUUUUAGUGUAUGAUGUUACAAGAAAAGACACUUUCACAGGACUAGAGAGCUGGCUGAAUGAGUUGGAAAUGUAUACCACCAAAAGCAACACUGUGAAGAUGUUAGUUGGCAAUAAAACUGAUAAGCCUGAUCGUGAAGUAGAGAGAAGAGAAGGACUCCAAUUUGCUAGGAAACGCUCGCUGCUUUUUAUAGAGACCAGUGCCAAGACACAGGAUGGAGUGCAACAUGCCUUUGAGGAACUAGUCAUAAAGAUCCUGCAGACACCAGGUCUUUGGGAUAAAAGCCCAGAGAAGCGGGGAGUCCAGCUAAUGGAAUCUUCAGUACAGCAGGAUAAAAGCUUAUGUGGCGCCUCCUGUUCACUGUCUUAAAUCUACAGGUGGCUGUUUGGUCUGAACGGAGUGGACUCUUUUUUUUUUUUUUUUUUGACGGGAGGGAUUGCAAGCACUAGUCUGUGCCUUGUUUGACCCACCACCGGUUGUACAGAUCCAAACCUCCCCUUAUGCACAACUGAUAUCUCCAGAUAUUUUUCUGGUAACUGUCAGAUUUUUCACUGUUAAAUCACAGUGCUUCUUAGAGUAUUGUGCUUUUGCUGCAUGGCAUUCAGCAUGGACUUUUUCUGAAAUUCCUGCCUUAGCAUAGGAUAAGGUAGUACAUAAGGUAAUACUCCAUUUUGGGAUAUUAUUGAAAAGCUGUUCUUCCCCAGAACGGCAUGGGAGUCUUUCAGGCACCCAAGUUCCCUUAAAUGUAGUUAAGGGCCAAGGGUCACCCUGGGCAGUGACAUUGUUUCCCUAUUUCAGAUGGUUUUAAGCAGCUGAAAUUGCUACGUGUCUCCAGAUAGUAAGAUGUGUUACUACUUAAAUUUUCAGGUGUAGUGAAGAGGUGUGUCUACGAUCAUUUGGCAGGACAAAAACCACUUCCUGUGCAGUAGACUGUAGGUUACCCCUUGCUGCUCUUAAAUAUUUUGUGGCGAGGAUCAGUGGUGAAAUGGAGUUGUCAUUUCUGGCUCGUUUACACUGUGGGUCUGUUUUACAGUUAACAGGGCUCUCCGCAAACCUAUGUUCCUGCCCUCAUUCAGCAAUUGCAGGAUUAAAACUAAGUUUAAUAUAAAAUGUCCUGAUUAUGGAAGACUUUCCACUAGGUGAGUCUGGCUGUCUGCCAAUCCCAUUAUGGAGUUCUGACAGAUAACUGCUGCUUUUAAUCUUUUUUUCCCCCCUCUCAAUUAAACUCACUGCCUUUUCUUGAAAACAAAACUGACUUAUGGAAGAUGUUAGCCUAGACUCUGACCUUGGUAGUAAUGUCUCUAGAAGACUUCUGGUUCACUGCCUGCAACACUGUAAAAGUAUCAAAUUUGGGGACAAUAUUAAAAACAUUUGAAAUGUGAACUGAAGUGCUUGUUUACAAGUGACAAGUCCAAAGACAGUUGUUCAUUACAGGACACUGUCGAGUCAGAACAGAAGAAUUGCCCUUUUUUCAAGAUGUAUGUUUUGAUGAUUCAUCACUGUCAAGUUAGUUUAUAUUAGUGGGAGUGCCUUCCCGAGUACCAGCAGUGAUUCGUCAUGAGCACUACCACAACAUGGCUGAAGACAAGGCGCAUAAACCUCAACCUCACUCCAGAACUGUUCUAGCUUGUUCUCCGCAAAGUCACUCUUUGUAGAACUGUUUUCUUCUGUGAGAAGUGUGCCUGUAUAAUUGUCACUGAAGUGAAUAGAAAUACUGGUAUCGGGCAUUUGCAUCAGCUUCUGUCUGCCUUGCAACGGAUGUAAGCGGCUGCAUAGUUGGAAUAUCACUCCUUUGUAUUUCCUGUGAUGGAGAUGUCAGAUCUUAUAAUAGUUUUUAAUGUCUUUAGCAGUGGAAAUACAUCUGCCUACAGCCAGCUGAAGGACUGCUGCUUAAAAUUCCAUCUUGGUUUUGGUCUAUAAGAUGUCCCUUUGGAAUACUUAUUCGUAUCAGGUUAUGAGAGAGUAGAAGAGAAAGUAGUUUCUGUUCGUGGCGUGAAUUGUUAAACUACCAAGUGUCUAUCGGGGAAAAUGUGAGUAUGUCACAAUUUGAGAUUGUCUGGAAUCAGCAAGGUAUAACUGCAACAGGGCAUCGACACAAGAAAAUAAGACUAGGAAGUCAAGUUCAGAAGACUGGAGGCCAUGGCAACUGUAACAAUGCCAUAAAACCAGGUGGGAAGGCUAGGAAGGAGACAAUCAUGAGAAGAUGACAUGAAGGACUACUGAUCAGCAGGCCAUACAAUGGUCCUGGUGCAUUCUCUGCUGUCUGUGUAGGUUUUUUUCUGGUGAUGGGCAUGACUUUGUGCAGUGAGCUUGUUGCCACGGUAGUGACUUCUUUCCUACAUUUCCUGGGGUUAAGGAAGAGACUGAAGAGACGACAAUGUGUUCUGUUGCUGUCCUGUUGAAUAUGGGCAAAACUGCUUAGCUGGUCUGUGCUGCAGUUGGUAUCUGCCUUCCUUAGAAGGCCUCAUUUUUAAGAAUGGCAUAUUUUUCAAAAAUAAUUAAAUGGCUGGCAGCCCCUUUAAAAGUAACAGUUUUCCUUUGCAUCAUGCUUCAGUUUGCUGCAAAUGCAAUCCUACUGAAUGAAUGCUUCCUCUAUUGUAUUUUGGGGCAGGAGAAAACCCAGAGCCAAAAUCCACCUUGAUUAGUUUUUGAUUUGUUAUUUAUAGUAAUAACAAAUUUUGAGGGAAGUGAACUUAAUCAGUCUUUCAUUCAAUUUUAAAUAUAGUCAGGUCUGAAAGUAGUAAUGUAAACAUACACCCAUCCUUAUUAGAAACUACAGGAAAGGUGUCUACAGUUCUGGAUUUGUGAAAUGAAAUAUAAAAUUGAGUGUUUAGGACUGAGUGAACUAGGCUUGUUAUGGAAUGCUUAUAUGCAGCAAAAAAAGGUAUCAUCUGGUUGUCUAACUUUGUCUUUCUAACCUCAAAUAGUGAGGAAAACAAACUAUAUUGCAAAUUUGACUGGUGGUAUCACUAGAAGUUAUCAUACUCUUCCUAUGAUAUCAGAAGCUAGUCCAUGACAUAGUGAAAGUCCUGUGAACAUGAACAAAUAGCUCUGACAAAGAUGGGCACUGUACAGUACUUAGCCUGUUCUGUCACAGUCGCAAAUUGUGAGCAAAGAGCUGUGGUAAAGAAAAAUCUAGGUGCUGUUGACGAUUUGAUUUGCAAGAACAAGCUAGAGUUUGGUACACGCUUCUGAAAUUGUUGCAGCCUCAUGCUCCAGUCAAGAAUUUUGUUAUUUGGUUGGUUGGGAUUUUUGAAACACCAAGAUGGUAUUUUUUACUGAAAAACUGCUAAUAAGCAUCUUGAACUAUUUAAACUAUAAAUUGAACAAAAGUAAGAGAAGAGGGAGCUGCUAUUGGUGUGAAACAUUUGUAGAGAUCCUGUUGGGAAAUUCCAGUCCUCCUUAAUCACUAGAUGUUUUAAAACCAUCGCUAGUUAAUAUCUCAGUAAGUGGACUUGUUGAAUUACUAUAUCGUCAAAUGAAUUUGACUUCUGAUGAAGUGAGAGCUAAAAUAGAUGAAGGAAGGUUUUGAUCCAGGUUCAUGCUUUUGUGAACAGAAAACCCCUUAAACAAUACUGCAGUUCACUUACUGUGAACUGAGGCACAGUAUGACUGGUUUGGCACAUAAAUAGGAAAAUGUUACUGAACAGUGUUUGGGUAGCUCUGAAACAAGAGUUCUCCCCUUCCUGUCUCUGCAAGUCUGAAACAUUCCUAUUUAUACUACUUCUAUAAAACAAUGAAGACUUGGAAUGCUCUCCCUAAAAAAACUGUUCCAAGGUUUGUUGGGGGAUGCUGACAGAGGAAGAGCUGGGUGAAGGGAUUUGAGGCUGAGUAAUUUUGUAAGACUUUUUCACUUAAAAGGCUUCCCCCUGCCUUAAGCAAGAUCUCAUGUGGAUAAUAAGCCUCCACAUGCACAGACCCAGCAUUUUAACCUGGGCAGGAUUUAGGUAGUGGUACUCCGAAGUCUGUGUUGUGACAAUGCCUCAGGCGGUAGGGAAUUCUUCAGGUAGAUAUAGAACAGAGGGCUUUCUUUAGCCUGUGACUCCCUACAUUGAAGUAAUGAUGGAGUAAGGACAGAAAAAAAAAAAAAAAUUGAAUGCGUCCCUGCUUUCAUAUCUUAUUAAUUUGUUUACAUGCAUAUAUAAAUGGGAAUGCUGGGGGAAGGAAAACAAGGAAGUAGUGACAAAAACCAGCAAGAGAACAUGGUGGCUUUGCAUAUGGCUGAGUGCAGAAAUGAGGAGAAGGUGAUACGGGCAAUGGACAGGGCGACAUAACAACUGUGAGAGGCAGUCUGGUGAAGGGUCUUCUGAGACUGGUGUUACAAACCUGUUCUCUCUUGCACAGGAGGAUCGAAAGUGGACUGGCCAAAUUGAGAGAGAAGAGCUCUUGGAGAGGCUGGCCGGGACACAGCGAAGGGACAGGGAGGGCGGAGUGUUGGAAUGAAGCCUUUCAGAGGAGGGAGCUGGUUCUGUUUGUUCCGGGGGGGGUGAGGUGUGCAUGUGUGUUGCAUAAUAUCAUGGCAUGGAUCCACAGUUUACAAAAGCAGAACUAUAGCUGUCGGCCUUUCAUUUCCACUCAAUGUUUCCAAAAAGCUGCACCACCCCACACAAAAUUACAUCCAUGAAAGGACUCCUGCAGAAGGAGUUUUUGAUAAAUCAUGCCAGCUUCAGAAGGGGCCGUCUAUAACAGAGGGAGCUAAAUUAGCACCUAAUAGGUGGCAGUACCUUCCUGCCUCAUCUCCUGAAGAGUUAAAUGCCUUUUCAGAGUUCUCUUCUGCAAUUUUUAGAAUGCAAUUGUGAACUCAUCCUCAAGCUCCCUGUAGUCUCGUCUGCUGUAGUAUCCUUACAAAGGUCUGCUUUCAGUCCAUUCUGUAUACAAAAUCUGUUUCAUAGAGAUGCACACCCUCCGCAACAAACAGGGAACCACUUUUUUGAGAUUUUAACGCUUUUCAUUGUUAAAAUGUGUCUACUGAAAUGCUUUUAUGUUGCAUUCUUCUUCCAGAGCUUCCAAUAGUCGCUGUCAUUUUGUGUAAAUUUAUGCUGCCUAUCAUCCUGUUCCAUCCAGAUGUGGAAACGUUGCUCCUUAAUAGGGCUUCAACCGCAUCUUUCACUAGAGAUCGUCCUGUUUGGGUUUUCUUCUGCCAACCUCAGUUCUCCUGAAGUUUUUUUUUCCCAAAUUGCCCUAACGCGUGGACUGCAACCCCAAACUUGCUUUGUCAUUGUGAUUCCCACACACUUUUAUUUACUUUCGGGCUUGCCUUGGAUGGCUGGUUGUAAAGGUGAUUUCUAUUUCUGUAUUUGCAGAUAGGUAUUUGCACUGAAAGAGCCUGCAUGUGUAGUACACAUCCUUUUACCAAAUUGCAGUGUAUUAUCAUUGCCUCCCCCUACCUAGUCACAUCAGCUGUUCUGUUGCUACUUUCCUUCUGCAUACAGCUAUGCCCUUAGAUCUUUCCAAGUGAGAUUACUUUACCUGCUGGGUGGUGCCUGCAGCUGUGAGUGCUGCAAGAGAAUAACUAAAGUUAUGUAGAUGUAAGUCUGACCGAAGACAGACCUGUGCAGGGAAGGGAUAUGACAGUGAACUGCGAUAACGGUACAGCCCUUAACGUGCUGUUAUGGAAAAGCUGAGCUAAGCCGACGUCCAAUUACAGGAUGCACUGAAAGGUUGGGGUGGGGUGGUAAGGCAGUGGAAGUGUGUGUGCGUACGGGGGUAGAUAACACAAGCUUGUUUGACCAUGGGCAUUUGCAACUUUUGCAAUAUAUGUGCCAUACAAAUAUCACUUUAUUAGCCAGCAAAUAUUCUUUUUUUUUCAGAUGUGUUCAUUUUUGUUUAUAGCUCAGAGGUAAGCAGAACAGGAAAACAAUGAACAUCACUGUGGAAAACCAAGGUAUUUUGACUUGUUGACUGUAAGCCUACCUAUAGUGAAAGGAAUUCUGAGACUAGUUGGCAGGGAUGUACUUUAAUUUUUAUUUUGUAUAAAUAUUUUAUUAUAACUUCAAACUAAAUACAUUGUGUUGGGAUGUUUUAAAA